ACAAUAAUAAAACUUCACGGAUCAACACCACCGGCAGACAAAAUGUUUAAGGUGUUCCAAUCGCCGUCUGUGGCCACAUUCGGCCAACAAUUCAUACGAAACUACGGAAAACCCAACAAAAAGUUCCUGUACAAAGAUGGUAUUCUGAAGGAUCAAAUCUACUACUAUCCGAGGGACACCGAUCGACAGAUUCUACCACCGGCAACCGAAACGCCCCCGAAACUGUUCAGUGUCCGACGGUUGAAGCCGAUCAAGGGACUUCCGUACUGGGAGAAGCGUAUCCUUCGUGGAUUGGGCUUGUAUGAGAAAAACGGCGUUGCAGUCGUGAAAAACAUCCCGGAAAAUAAUGCGCGCCUGUGGAAGGUGAAGCAUCUGGUGGAGAUCCUUCCGAUCACGUUCAAGUACGGUGAACCGAGUGAGGCAGACGUCGAGCGGACGUUCCUUAAGGAAAACGGUGAAUGCGUUGUGAUUCGCAAACUGGAAGAGGUCGAUACGAACCAGGCUAAGCUGGAUGCCGCCGAACAGUUACGUACCGACCGGCUGCGUAUGGAUGGGGAAACGUUGCGAAAGGACUCGCGAUUGAAGUGGUUGAACCCGUGGUAGAGAGGAUGCUACCCGGUGGGUCUCUAGAGUAAUGUUUUGUUGCUGUAUUAUAAGAGUAGCUCCAAUCCGG